AUGAAAUCGGAUUUCUUUGGUUCAAUCGACCCAGAUGGGUGUUAUUUUGGUCGUCGUAAGCUUAGUAGAGAGGAACUAGAAAAUACGUAUGGAACACGACACAUAGGUCAUGAUCAAGCAAAAGGUCUGGUGGGAUUGAUGGAUUUCUUCUGUUUCAUCGAGACAUGGUACAAUGAUGCCUCUACCAUCUACAAUGAUGUGAACCGCUCUAUUCAAUAUGUCCAUAGAAGCCUCUUAGUCCAUAGAGGAAUUGUUGCUGAUCCUAACAGAUAUUUACUUUAA